UUAAUAUUUCUAGGGCUUUUGGGCAUGGCGUGGGCGGAUCUUCUCCAGUCCCCCUCCGCCGCAACGGGAGCGGCUCUUGUGGGAUUCUUGAGCUUGCUCGCAUUGCUGGAGGCUGUUCUUCCCGGGCAGCGCGUGUCUGGGGUGGAAUUGGCGGACGGGACGCGGAUAAUCUACAAAUGCAAUGGUUUGCUGUCGCUUGUGGUGCUCUUGGCGCUCCUGGGAGCGGCGGUUCCUCCAACGGUGCGUAUGCUUAGCAAUGCGGUUCUUGCGGAUCGUGGACCGGAGCUAUUCUCGACAACUUUGACACUUUGUGUCCUGCUGUCGAUUGUUCUAUGCCUGGCUGGCUACGCAUCCAAAAGUCCAAGCAGCUCUUUGAAAUGCCAGUCUUCCGGAAAUGCUCUUCACGACUGGUGGCUUGGGCUUCAACUAAAUCCUCAGUUUCUUAGCAUUGACAUCAAAUUUUUCUGGAUAAAGGCUGGAAUGAUCAGCUGGCUCCUGAUAAAUUUUUCAAUCGCAAGCAAGCAGAUCGAACAGGCCGGAUUCCUGACUCUUCCAAUGGCUUUAUACCAAGUUUUCUGCACGAUCUACGUGCUGGAUUUUUUGUGGUACGAAGAAUACAUGACCUCAACGUGGGACAUUAUUGCGGAGAAGUUUGGCUUCAUGCUAAUUUUUGGUGACAUGGUUUGGAUUCCCUUUACGUUUAGCAUCCAGGGAUGGUGGCUGCUUCAUAACAAUGCGGAAAUCACUCGAAUGGCUGCAUUUUUAAAUGCUCUUGUCUUCUUGGCAGGGUAUGCAAUAUUUAGAGGUGCAAACAAGCAAAAGCACGAGUUCAAGAAGAACCCAAAGGCUCCAAUAUGGGGGAAACCACCUGUUCUCAUCGGAGGAAAACUUCUCGUCUCUGGAUACUGGGGGAUUGCAAGACACUGCAACUAUCUAGGCGAUUUGCUUCUGGCUUUAUCGUUUAGUCUUCCUUGCGGGACCAGCUCGAUAGUUCCAUAUUUCUACCCCAUCUAUUUGUUCAUUCUUCUCGUCUGGAGAGAGCGACGAGACGAAGCAAGAUGCAGAGCCAAGUACAAAGCUGUGUGGGAAGAAUACUGCAAGGCGGUGCCAUGGAGAAUUUUCCCCAGGAUCUAUUGAUCAGUUAAGCUAAGGUCGCUUGAAAGCGACAUUUGGAA